GACAACACGGCUGGUGUCUGCAGACAGAGGUACAGCUGCCUGCAACAGUAACAGCAACAUCCAACCUCUGGAUUAUCACUGGAGGAUUUUUCUCUGUGGAGUUUUGAUCAUACACUGUGCAAAAACUAAGUGUCCUGCAAUCUUGUGGCAUUCAAGAGGUGUCAGUGUGGUGAGUGAUUAGGAAAGGGGGGGGAUUUAAAGGAAUUAGCACAGAUUAAAGUUAAACCGGACAUUAUGGCAGUGGCUACUCCACACCUGCAGCAGGAGUGGGAGGAAUGGAAGAAAAUUAUGGAGGAGAACAGGAGGAGGACAUUGAGUGAGAGGCUGAGUCGUUGGCCAAAUCUGCAGCUGCAUGAGGAGGAGGACGAUGGGGAGGAAACGGAGGAGGACAGUGAGGAAGAGGAGGAAAAUGAAGCAGGUGGGACAGAGAAGGAAGGGAGCGAGCAGGAGGGAGAAGGAGAGAAGAAGGUAGAGCUAAAAGUGAUGGUGAAUGAUGAACAAGUCACAGAGGAAGAGAAAGAAAAUAAGGGAGAGAGGGAUGUUGAGGAGGACAAGCAGGUGGAGGAGAGGGGGGUGACAGAAGAAAUGGAGGGAGGAAAGAAGGGGGAGGUGUGGGAGGUGACAAUCGCACAGCAACAGGAGGAAGUUGGGGAAAGUGAGGGAGUGAGUGAAGAGCUAAAUGUGGAGACGAUGAUGGAGCCAGAAGAAAUAGAGGAAGAAAUUAAGGAGAAGAGGGAACAAAAUGGGGUGAUAGAGGCAGAGGAACAGGAAGUGGGAGGGGAAUGGAGAGAUAAUGAAGAAGACAGGGAGGAUAAAGGGAGGAGAGAGGUGAAAGAGGAGGAGGAAAAGGAAGUGACGCAAGCAGAAAUAGUUGGAAUUGGGGAUGGGAGGGAGGAUGAGGAGAUGAUAAGGAGGGAAGGAGGGCUGAUAGAAGCAGAGCGAUGGGAGGAAGAGGGAGCAGUGGAGGAAGCGAUUGAGCCUGAGGUAAAUAGGGAGGUGGAGGAAGAUGUCGAAGAGGAGGAGGAAGAGCAGGUACAAGGGGAAGAUGACAGGAGUAGAAUAGACGAAGAAAACUUCACAGAUUCAUUUGAAUCUGAUGAAGAUGCUCGGCGGAUGGGAUCGGAGGAUGAAGGUUAUAAUUCUGAAAGAUUGAAUAACGGAAAAAGAGCCGUAGAGGAACAAUGCAAGGAUCCCAAGGAAGUGGAAGAACGAAGGAGGAAUGACAGUAGAAUCCUUGGAGUGUGGACUGAAGAGGAGGAUGAGAGCGAGAAGCUGACAAAUGAGGAAGACUCGUUCACAGGAUCCAGAGGAGAGUUUGAGGAGGAUCCAGAAAAGCUUCUGGAGGAACAAGAUGACUCAUCAGAUGAAGAGGAAGCAGAUCAUAUAUCAUACAAAGACAUGGAUUGUAAUGAUGAAGAUGAGGGGAAGGUUUACUGCAAAGACGAUUAUCCCACCGAUUUAUUUCGCACUUUGACAGAGUUCAGGGACUCUGCCCUUCUCACCGACCUACAUUUGAGCACAGAGGUUGGGAAGAGUUUCCAGGUACACUCCCCUGUCCUGGCUGCUGUCAGCGCCGUUGUCCGGGAAAGCCUGAGUCGAAGAAAUAUAGAAAACGAUAAAAGAGAAGAUGAUACAAGGUGGUCAAUGUCUCUGGGUCCAGGAGUGGAUGCUGUUGGAUUAGAGGCAGUUGUGGAGUUUGCCUAUUCCGGAUUUAUAUCCCGUCUGGACAAGGACACGGUGAAUCAGAUAAAGGGUGCAGCUCAAACACUCUGCGUCCCCCGAGUGAUGGAUCUCUGCAACGAGGAAGAGUCACCAAAAACUGGAGGACGUAAGAAAGAAGAAAAGAUCUCUGCUGCGGAGGAAAGGAAGAUCAGUCUUCAGUCCAUCAAGCAGCUGUGGAUGGACAGGGUGGGCUGUGAUGUCACUUUGGAAGGUAUUGGAGAAUCGCUUCCGGUCCACAGAGUCAUCCUGGCUGCAGGAAGCGACUACUUCCAUGGCAUGUUUACCUCGGGGAUGAGGGAGUCCCAUCAGCCUCGUGUGGCUCUCCCCUCCCUGUUGGCAUCUGAGCUGGAGCUUCUGGUCGGCUGCUCCUACAGCGGCGCUCUGCCCCUCAGCUGGAGCUUUGUCUUUGAGAUUACCAGCACCACCCUCCAGCUCCAAUAUCAGCCAGCCCUCUCCUUGUGUCUCGACUUCCUGCAGGCAGAAAUCAAUCCCCUCUCCUGCCUGGAUGUGGCAUCUUUUGCUGAGGCUUACGAGAUGGUGCAGCUACGCGAAACUGCGGACGACUUUGUCAUGCGACAAUUCCAAAAGGUAGCGUGCACCUUAAAGUUCAAGGAUCUCCCAGCCAAGCAACUCCUCAAGUACUUGAACAGUCACUCACUCUGCGUUCCAUCUGAGCUCGUUGUAUUCAAAGCAGUGGUAGCAUGGAUUCAAGCUAAGCCCAAGAAAAGGCUCAAACUUGCUAAGGUGUUAAUGAAAACUAUCCAUUUUCCCCUGAUGACAUUCAAGGAAUUCAAAGAAGUCCAGUCUUGGGAUAUUUGGACGCAUCACAGCCUGGUCGAGCUCUAUGAAGCAAUCUUUGAGGAGUUCUGGUCCAAUGAGAUUUCCCCAGAGAGUCAGUGCCGCAUCUAUCUGCCAAAAGAGAGUCUGGUCUUGAUUGGGGGUGACCAGACCUCUGAAGACCUAUCUAGCCGCAGCAUCAGCAGAGAACUCUGGUUUGGAAAUUCCCUGAGGAGCCAUACAGGGAUAAAAAAGGCCAUAGAGUGGAGACGGUUGGGAGAAAUGCCAGAGUUGGCGAGGUUCAGUCACGAGGUGGCGGUGCUCACAGGACAACUAUACGUGUUCGGGGGAAAAAAGUAUUAUGGCACCUGUGACACCCUGAAUUAUGUUUACAGGUAUGACCCCCAUCAGAACAGCUGGGAGAGUCUGGCUGACAUGCAGCAAAUGAGAUGCCUCUUCUCUGUGGUUGUGCUGGACGGAAAGAUGUUCUCCAUCGGUGGACACUGUGACCCGGAAUAUAUACAAAGUGUGGAACGAUACUGCCCCACUUCAAACUCUUGGAGCUUCACUUGGCCCUUGGAUCUACCUCUGGGCGGUCAUGUGGCAAAAGUUUUACAAGGGCAGAUCCUGGUCUCAGGAGGGCUGAACAGUGACUACAGGUGUCUUUCCUCCAUGUUUCGGUACCACCCAGAGACAGGAAGCACCUAUCUGGCGAACAUGACUAAACCUCGGGCUAAACACUGCAUGGAGACGCUGGACGACCGCCUCUAUGUCGCAGGUGGAACCACCGCAGGUGCGCCUGUGAACGUUGUCGACAUGUUCGACUGUGAAGUGUACAACCUGGAGACUGACACCUGGACUGCGAUCACAUCUCUGCUGUUUCCGCAUGUCGGAGCAGGAAGUGCGGUUUUGGAGGGAAAGUUUUACGUGCUGGGUGGAUACAGCCACGAGGACUCCAGCGACACAAAUAUGGUCCAUCGUUAUGACCCCACAACGCAGAGAUGGGAAAACAUGGGCAAGAUGCCCGGGCCCAACAAUGACAUACGAGCGGCUCUGCUGUGUUUGCCACCAGAUUUACGUUUGUAAGACAUGGUGAGAUAUAUUGUGUAACUCAUUGUUUGAGAUCUUCUGCUCGCCUGGUUAGGUAUCAAUCGGUCAAGGCUAAAGACCGAUGGUGAGGCCCCAAACCUCUGGAAUAGUUUACCUGAGGAAUCAGACUUGAAACUGUCACUGUCAGAUCAUCCGCUGCAGAUGAGGGCAGGAUGAGGGUAUUUCCAAUAUAGUUUAUUUUACAGUGUAAAUUAGAUAAAUCUUUAGGCUUGUCAAAAGUAGGACAUCAAUGAAUUGUGGUUUAUUUUGGGUGAGAGAAAUUCAAUGUAUUUAAAAGGUGUUGUAAUAAUAAAUUGGUUGAUGACAGAGGUAGACAAGAAAUUAUUUCCAGGACAAUGGAUUCAAAAAUAGACUGUGAACACAAGAGGGCGCUGUCCCACUUGUGGUCAUAGUUCAGUUUUCAGCGCAGAAUCAGCAGAGAAAAGACAAAAGACAAUGUAGUGAGUUUAUUUAUUUUGCAGUAAUUACGCUGAAUGUUCCCACAUAUCUUCAAUAAAAUUCACUGAGUAAUGAAAACAUGAA